AUGGGGGACACCAGUAGAACGAAGGAGGUGAAGGAAGAAAAAGAAGACAUUGAAGCUACUGAGGCUACUGUUCCUGCUUCUUCUUCUGCUACUCCUACUCCUCCAGUUAUAGCUGUGGAUCCCACUUUAGAUAGAAAGACAUUAUUCAUUAGAUCUAUUCCUAGUGAAGCGACAAAGGACGAACUAUCAGAGUUUUUUUCACAAUUUGUUCCUGUCAAGCAUUCCAUCAUUGUGCUAGAUAAAGAACGGAAAUCACGUGGAUUUGGUUUCGUUUCUUUCCCCACAGAAGAUGAUGCAUUGACAGCUCUAGAUAAAGCUAAGAAGACCAAGUUUCAGAAAAAACUACUUAAUAUAGACAUAGCCAAAAGAAGAGAAAGAAAGGUUCAAGAAGAUGAACCUGUGGAACCUGUGAAGAUGAUUUUCAAGAGAAAAGAGACUACAAUUAUGGAAAAGACUGCCAAAGUUAUUGUGAGAAAUAUGCCGUGGUCCGUUAGAGAUCCAGAAGUGUUGGUGAAGAUCUUUGAGAAAUAUGGUAAAGUGAAAGAAGCCCAUAUUCCAAGAAAGAAGGAUGGAAAGAUGACUGGGUUUGCUUUUGUGACGAUGAAUAAGCACACUACUGCUUUGAAGGCCGUUAAGGAGUGUAAGGACUUGGAAAUUGAGGAUCGAAAAGUGGUGGUUGAUCUUGCUGUCGAUAAGAAGAGAUGGGAAGAGGAGGAGGAGAAGGAGAAGGAGGAGGAGGAAGAGGAGGAGAACGAUGAGGAUGAGGAGGAGAAGAACGAUGAGGAUGAGGAGGAGAAUAGCGAUGAGGUCAAUUCGGGCUCUGAAGAAACGAACGAUGAGGCCAACUCGGACUCUGAAGAAACGAACGAUGAGGUCAAUUCGGACUCUGAAGAAAUCAAUUUCAAUCCUGAGAUAAAAGAACCCCAUGCUCCAAAAAAUCGUCAAGAGAGAUACUCUAUCUUUAUUCGUAAUUUGCCAUAUGAUGUCACAAAGGAGACUCUUGAAGAGCACUUUAAGCAGCUUGGUCCUAUUAAAUAUGCUCUUCCCGUGAUGGAUAAGAGCACGGGGCUAGCUAGAGGUACAGCCUUUGUUGCUUUCGCAGCCAAUCAACCGUAUGAAGAGUGCUUGUUGAAUGCACCUGUCGUUCCUAAGGAUUCUGUGUUAUUGCCGGAUGAUGUUUCACCAUUUUAUGUGUUUGAAGGACGAGUUAUGCAAAUAGCUGCUGCUGUUGACAGAGAAUCUGCGGCUAAACUUUCAGAAAGACAUGCUGAAGCCAGGCUGGAGUUGAUGGGUAGAGAACCACGUGAAAGAGACAAGAGAAAGUUAUUCUUGCUCAAUGAAGGUAGAAUUGCCCCAGGUUCCAAGUUAGCUCAGCUAUUAUCACCUACAGAUAUGGAGAUUAGAGAUAGAUCUUAUGACUUGCGUGUGAAGCAGCUUACCAGUAAUCCAAGUCUUCAUCUUUCCAUGACUAGAUUGGCUAUAAGAAAUAUUCCUCGGGCUAUGAAUGAAAAGGCGCUUAAAGCUUUGGGAAGAAAGGCCUUUGUAGAGUAUGCUACAGAAGUCAAAGCUGGAAAAAGGCAUGGACUCAAUAAGGAAGAAUUAGAUAGAUCGACAAAGCAUACGGAAUAUAUGAACGAGAAAUUAGGCAUGAAGCCGGGAGAGAAGGUGAAGAGUAAGCAUGGAAUUGUGACACAGGCCAAGAUUAUUAACGAGAUUAAGGGCAGUGGAGAGUAUGGACGAUCAAGAGGAUAUGGAUUUUUGGAGCUAAAGGAUCAUAGAACGGCAUUGAUGGCAUUAAGAUGGUUAAAUGCCCAUGAAGUGACAUCGGAUGAAAUUCUUUCGAGCCUAACUGACGACCAAAGGAAGAUCGCAGAGAAAGAGAAGCUUAUUAAAAAGAAGAGACUUGUUGUUGAAUUUGCCAUUGAGAAUGCCAAUGUUAUUAAGAGAAGAAUAGAGCAGGUUCUUAGAAGUAGAAAACGAAGUCAGGAAGAUCGUGGAGAAAGAAAAAGAGAGGGAGAUGAGGAAUACGGAGGAGAUAGAAAGAGGAGAUUUGGAAGUGAUAGAGGAAGGGGUGGUGAUAGAGGUGACAGAGGAAGAGGUGGCUACAGAGGAAGAGGUGGCUACAGAGGAAGAGGAGACGAUAGAGAAAGAGGAGGUGACAGAGGAAGAGGUGGCUACAGAGGAAGAGGCGGCGAUAGAGGUAGAGGAGGUGAUAGAGGAAGAGGUGGCUACAGAGGAAGAGGAGGUGACAGAGGAAGAGGUGGCUACAGAGGAAGAGGAGGUGAUAGAGAAAGAGGUGGUUACAGAGGAAGAGGAGGUGAUAGAGAAAGAGGUGGUUACCGCGGUGGAAGAGGUGGUGAUAGAGGAAGAGGUGGCUACAGAGGAAGAGGCGGCGAUAGAGAAAGAGGUGGCUUCAGAGGAAGAGGUGGAAGAGAUCGUUACGACCAUCAUUACGGUGAUCAUUCUCAUAACGAAUUCCACAAAAGCUCAAAAAGGUUUGAGAGAAAGCAGCAAAGAGGGGCUGAAAGUUAG